AUGAAGCCGGCCGGCUAUGCUGACGCUAUGGUUGCCACCGCUGGGCUCCUGGGAAUCCUGGGUCUGCCGCUAGAGUUGCAGGGCUACUGGGCGGAGCCCUCUGCGCAGAGGCCGCUAGAAGGCGAACUCGACGAGAGGGAAAUCGCCGCUGACCUGGUCCCAUGGCUAAUGGAGCGGCCGAAGCUAUCGCGCGAACAGGCCGAACUCACGGUUGAGGGACUGAGGCUGGAGGGAGGGGGGCCCCGGGUCCCCGACUCUGUUCCUGCUUCAGUGGAGCUGCCGCUAGGAGAGCUGACAGGGGUUGUGGAUCCCGAGGAUAGCAGCCUGGCCUCCGCUAGCGAACCCGAGGAGCCUGUUUUGCGGGUCCUCGAUAGGAAGGCGAACUAUGUGAUAGUUGAGCUUCCCGGUGCUAUUUAUAGGCUUCACAAAGCCGCUAUA